UGCCCCAAAAAUGUGCCUCAACAAAGCAGCAUCUUUGUUGUCUCCAUGACUUCUGUGAUACUUUAAGGUGAGAGGACUUCAAGUUCAUAGACUUUUCGCUUGAUCAUGUGUGUCUGCUGUUGAAGCUCUCCAUUUCAGGAACCUGAGCACGGGUGUCAAAAGUAAGGAUAGGCAGACACAGGGGCACAGCAAUUAUGGCUUCAGAAUUCAUGGGGAAUGUCAAGGAGGAGGUGACCUGUCCUAUCUGUCUGGACCUGAUGGUGGAACCUAUGAGUGCAGAUUGUGGUCACAGCUUCUGCCGAGCCUGCAUCUCACUGAACUAUGAGUCCAGCAAUGGCAAAGAGGGAGAGUUCAUCUGCCCUGUGUGCCGAGUGACUUACCCGUUUGAGAAUUUGAGGCUGAAUCGACAUGUAGCCAACAUAGUGGAGAAGAUCAAGAGAUUCGAGUCCAACCCACAAGAGGAGAAGAAGGUGUUUCAUUGUGCAAAGCAUGGAGAGAAACUCCAGCUUUUCUGUGAGAAGGACAAGGUGGCCAUCUGCUGGCUUUGUGAGCGAUCUCAGGAGCACCGAGGACACCAAACAGUUCUCAUUGAAGAGGUAGCCCAUGAAUACAAGGAGAAGCUCCAGGCAGCUCUGCAGAAGCUGAUGGCAGACAAGAAAGAAUUAGAGAACUGGAAAGAUGAUCUUCAGAAAGAGAGAGCUUCCUGGGAGAAUCAAAUGCAGAAAGAUGCAGAAAAUGUUCAAACAGAGUUUAGGAAGCUGGGAGACAUUCUGGACUCUGAGAUGAAGAAUGAGCUGCAGAAGCUGACUAAAGAGAAGAAAGACAUUAUGAAAAGCCUGGCAGAGGCUGAAGAUAAGCAUGCCCAGCAGAGCAAGUUGCUAGGAGACCUCAUCUCAGAUGUGGAGCAUCAGUUGCAGUGCUCAGCCAUGGAAAUGCUGCAGGGUGUGGAUGACAUCAUAAAAUGGAGUCAUGCCUUUUCACUCAUGAAACCCAAAACCAUACCCAAGGAACGAAGAAGAGUGUUCCGAGCCCCCAAUCUGCAAGGCAUGCUGCAAGUGCUGCAAGAGUUCAUAGAAGUCCAACGCUACUGGGUUCAAGUGACAUUGAUUCAAAACAACAAUCCAAACAUUGCCAUUACUGCUGACAAGAGACAAAUAAGAUAUGAAGAACAUCAAACAAGAAAUUUUGCACCUGGGGCUGAGAACUGUCAUGAAGGUGUCCUGGGCUACCCAGCUAUCCAAUCAGGAAAACAUUAUUGGGAAGUAGAUGUGUCCGGAAAAGGUGCCUGGGUUCUGGGAUUAAGUGAUGGAAGCUACCUCUUCAAUCCGAUAUUUUGUUCAAAUGCUGAAAGACGCCUAGAUCCCUUAUUUCGUUUGGGUAUCAGCAACGACUCACAUUAUCAACCUAAAUAUGGCUUCUGGGUCAUAGGAUUGUGGAACAAAUGUGUGUAUAAUGCUUUUGAGGAGUAUGCUUUCACAGCCAAACCCAAAGUCUUGACCCUCUCUCUGAUGGUUCCUCCCUGUCGUAUUGGCAUUUUCCUCGACUAUGCAGCCAGCACUCUCUCAUUUUACAAUAUUUCCCACCAUGGGACUCUGAUCUAUAGAUUCUGUACAAGUUCCUUUCCUGAUAGGGUUUUUCCAUAUUUUAAUCCUAUGGGAUGUUCAGAGCCAAUGACAGUAUGCUGGCCAGACUCUUAAACCUUCAUCUGUUUCUGUGCAAGGCCUCUGGCUCUGGUAUGUAUCUCAUAUGACUGAGCUCAUGGAUAGCAUUUUACCCGUGUGUGUGUGUGUGUGUGUGUGUGUGUGUGUGUGUAUACUGUCUCUAGUCUUCCUGUAUGAGCACUGCUAAAGAAGAUAUAUUCAGUUCUUUGGCCCAUGUUCUCAGUUCUUUGGGUUUUUUUUUUUUUUUUUUUAGGUGAGAGUAGUAAAUCAUUUCCCAUAUAUUCAAGGACAAGUGUUUGAGUCAUUGUUAUGUGAGAUAACACUGCUGCCAAAUUCUUCUUUUAUUCUCCAUGCAAGAGAUGGAACCUAAGACCUCGUGCAUAUGAAGAGGUGUACCACCACUGGGCGACUUGCCUCACCACUGCCAUGUCUCUGUAAACCUCAUUCUGCAUCAAUGAAAGAAGAUGAAAUAAAUUUUUCAACAACUUG